UAAAACCGAUUCACCUUCCGGGCGCCAUUUUGGCUCCAUGUGAGCUGUCUUCUGUCACAAGCAGUAUGUUUCUUCUGCGUGAAGGUGACCGUACUAGAGAAUAAAAUCUGUUAAAAUGGCUUCGUUGCGUGUAGUGAGGAGGACGUUCUGUGCGGCGGCAGAAGCAGCAGCAGCAGCUCCCGCCGCAGGCAGCAGAUGGGAGAGACUGAAAAACAGUAAAGCGGGUGCGUGGUGUCGCGGCCUGGUCUCUGACUACAAAGAGGCGUGUCGGGAGAUAUUUGUCGGUGCGUGGGAGCGACCGGUCAAAGCCUCCGUAUACAUGAGUCUGCUGGGCGGGGUCUGGGCCUGCUUCUACACAAGACCUGACGAGUCGUCCUUUGAAGCCGCCCUGCUGGACCGCUCCGGCCAGCUGGGCCUGCUGUCGCCGUGGAUCCGCAACGCGACCUCCGACGCCCACGUGCAGAGCCUGGUGAAGCUUCGCAACGAGGGCCGGCUCCACCACGUAAGCCUGGGCCUUCUCUCUCUGGUUUACCGCGCAGACUACGACCCGGACACCUCGCUGUACGAGGCACAGUGCUCCAACCUGUCGGUGCCCUGGAGGGAGCUCCCUCAGCGGAUUCUAGACGUGGGCUUCGUCGGCCACUGGUGGAUCCUGGACUCCAAGAUGAAGGACUAUGAUGUGAACGAGGACGAGUUCAAGCACCUGCCAGCACACAUGCAGGGGACAUCACCCCCCAGUGUUCAGGAGGUGGAGAGGAGCGAGAGGUUACAUAAAGAGUCCUGGUUAGCACUGACCACGGAGGAGGAGGAGGAGAAAGAAACAAAUGUAGUGGACAUAAAGCAGGAGAGUGUCAGUGAAGAGAGCCCAGUAAAAGCACUGGAACAGGACCAGACUCAGGCCUGAGUGCUGUGUGGGUCACACCUUUCACAUGCUGGACCAGGGUAGUUCUUCUCAUUUUUCAUGCAGUGUUGGAUUCAACAAACAUAACCACUUUUAGCUUUCAUUUUUCAGUUAUGAACUGUCUAAACUGCCACCACAAACCACCAAGGAAGCCACCUGUCUCGUCAAAGUAAAAGCAGCGCUUCAGAAUUAGUUAGGUUUUAAUUUAUUCCAGCAUGCUUUCUCUUUCACAGAAGGUAUUACAAACCAUAUAUACCAUGAACCACACGUCAAUAAACCUGUCAAUUAUCUCCA